GGCGCCGGCGGUGUGCGAGGCGGAGCUCGGGGGAGCCCGGCUGGCUGCUGCAGGCGGAGGGCGGGCAGGGAGAGAGCCGCCCUCCUGAUCUCCUCCCGCGGCCGGCGAGCAGCCCGCAGAGGGACGCGGGCUCCCGGCGCUCCGCAUAAAAAAUGGCAUUUCAGAAGGCAGUGAAAGGAACUGCUCUCAUUGGAGGAGGUGCCAUAGCAACAGUUUUUGGCCUCUCUCAAUUUUCUCAGCAUAGAAACAAACACGGCGCCCUGGUGCAGGUGCAGGCUGCGGAGGCCGUCCCGGGCAGGAAGGAGCAUCUCCCCACGCGGGAGCAGCAGCUGGCGGCCCUGCAGAGCGGCGCAGAGUUCGACGUGCUGGUCAUCGGCGGGGGAGCCACGGGCUGCGGCUGUGCCCUGGACGCAGCCACCAGAGGACUAAAAACAGCCCUUCUAGAAAGGGAUGAUUUCUCAUCGGGGACCAGCAGCAGGAGCACUAAAUUGAUCCAUGGUGGGGUGAGGUACCUCCAGAAGGCCAUCAUGAGGUUGGAUUUCGAGCAGUACAGGAUGGUGAAGGAGGCCCUGGAGGAGCGUGCACACCUGCUGCAGAGCGCGCCGCACCUCUCAGGUGCGCUGCCCAUCAUGCUGCCCAUCUACAAGUGGUGGCAGCUGCCCUACUACUGGAUUGGGAUCAAGCUGUAUGACCUGGUGGCAGGCAGGCAGUGCCUGAAGAGCAGCUACGUCCUGACCAAGAGCCGGGCCCUGGAGCUGUUCCCCAUGCUGCGCCGGGACAAGCUGGUGGGAGCCAUUGUCUACUACGAUGGACAGCACAACGACGCGCGCAUGAACCUGGCCAUCGCCCUGACCGCCGCCCGCUACGGCGCUGCCACCGCCAAUUACACCGAGGUGCGGCACCUGCUCAAGAGCUCGGACACGGGCCGCGUCUGCGGCGUGCGCUGCAGGGACGUGCUCACCGGGAAGGAGUUCAAUGUCAGAGCCAAGUGUGUUAUCAAUGCCACGGGACCUUUCACAGACUCAGUCCGCAAAAUGGAUGAUCAGGAGGUGCCCAACAUCUGUCAGCCCAGUGCAGGCGUGCAUAUCGUGAUGCCUGGUUAUUACAGCCCUGACAACAUGGGGCUGCUGGACCCGGACACCAGCGAUGGCAGAGUGAUCUUCUUCCUGCCCUGGGAGAAGAUGACGAUUGCAGGGACCACAGACAGCCCCACGGAUGUCACUGCCCACCCCAUCCCCACCGAGGAGGACAUCAACUUCAUCCUGUGCGAAGUGCGCAACUACCUGGGCCCCGACGUGGAAGUGAGAAGAGGAGAUGUGCUGGCAGCCUGGAGCGGCAUCCGGCCCCUGGUGACCAACCCCGACUCCAAGGACACCCAGUCCCUGUCCCGGAACCACGUCGUGACCAUCAGUGACAGCGGCCUCAUCACCAUUGCAGGUGGGAAGUGGACGACCUACCGUGCCAUGGCCCGGGACACCAUCGACGCGGCUGUGCGCGAGCACAACCUGGAGGCAGGCUCCUGCAGGACCAUGGGGCUGCAGCUCGAGGGGGCCCAGGACUGGAGCCCCACGCUCUACAUCAGACUGGUGCAGGACUAUGGACUGGAGAGUGAGGUGGCUCAGCACCUGGCUUCCACCUACGGGGACAAGGCUUUUGAGGUGGCCAAAAUAGCCCAGGUGACAGGGAAGAGGUGGCCUAUUGUUGGGAAACGUCUGGUAUCUGAAUUUCCUUACAUUGAAGCAGAGGUGGUGUACGGGGUGAAGGAGUACGCGUGCACGGCCGUGGACAUCAUCUCGCGCCGCACGCGCCUGGCCUUCCUCAACGUGCAGGCUGCCGACGAGGCCCUGCCCCGCAUCGUGGACAUCAUGGCCAAGGAGCUCAACUGGAGCGAGCAGAAGAAGAAGGAGGAGCUUGAAACGGCUAAAACAUUCCUGUACUAUGAAAUGGGCUACAAAGUGAAAACAGAUCAAUUAACAGACAGCUCUGAGAUCAGCCUGGUGCCUGCAGACAUUGAGAGGUACAAGAAGCGGUUCCGCAUGUUUGACAAGGACAAGAAGGGCUUCAUCACCAUCCUGGACGUGCAGCGUGUGCUGCAGAGCAUCAGCGUGCAGAUGGACGAGAACACCCUCCACGAGAUCCUCAACGAGGUGGAUCUCAACAAAAACGGGCAGGUGGAGCUCAACGAGUUCCUGCAGCUGAUGAGUGCCAUCCAGAAGGGCCGAGUGUCGGGCAGCAGGCUGGCCGUGCUGAUGAAGAGUGCCGAGGAGAACCUGCGGCGCCAGGCCAUCCCCGUGGACCGCAGCGGAGGCGGGCUCUGAGCUCUGAGCUCUGGGCGGGGCUCCUGGCCCCGGGGCAGCUCUCCCAAGUGACUCUGGUGCGUUUGUCCUCCUCAUUCAUGCUCUCCUUGCUGCCCCGGGACGUGCCUGGCUGGGCUGUGCCGGCAGGAGCUCGGCAGUGCAGGCUGCAGGGCUUGGGGGCACACUCAGCACGUCCCUGGCCAUUCACCUUUGUGCCGUGCUCAGAGUGGAUCCUGCCCCAGCCAUUAACCUUUGCAGCACCCUUUCCUUCAGAGCACCCCGUGCUCAGGGUGGAUCCUGCCCCAGCCAUUAACGUUUGCACCCCAGGUGAAUCCUGGCAGGUGAGUCCUGCCCUUAAACGCUCUGAGUUCUGCAAACACAAAAUCUCUGAGCUGCUUCUGCCUCUUCACCAAGGAGCAAGAGAGGGGAAGCUGUGUUCUGGAGGGCAGACGCCGUUCCAAAGGAGCAAACCCAGCACUCCUGGGGGUGCUGGAGACCUGUCCUGAGCCUGCUGUGGGUGGUGGGUUUGCCCUGUUGUUCCAGUGGCCACUCAGAAAUUGCAGCUGGAAAACAGGACACCUGGAUUAAUCACCCGAGGUAAUAAUGUAGCUGAGAGCUGGGCACAGCUUCCCUUCUCCACUGUUAACACAAAUAAACUGCCUCUAAUAAAUGGCAUUGUCUGCAGCUGGUGCUUUGUGCAGUGAAAUAAAGGCAAAAGGUGUUUUAUUCUAAAAAGAGCUUCAAGUUUGGGGCAAACCCUGAUGCUCUGUAGGAUGGGGCAGGUUUUGGUAGCACAACAUUCUUAAAUGUUAAUUUUAAAAUGCUCAAAUGCGGUGAAAAAAACAAAGUGUGUGUUUUGCAUCCUACUAACUUUUCUAGAAAAAAAAAGGCUGUUUUUCAGCAGGCUAAAUGAAAAACCAAAGCUUGGAGCCCUCACUGGAGCUGUUUCCAGCACUGCUGUACCUGCCUGUUGUCCUCCUGCUGCUGGGCUGGGCUGAGAUCAGCUGGGACAUUGCUGCUGAUGUAGAACAAGGCAGGGAAACCUGCUUUGCUGCUGGAUUUAGCAUCUGCUGUAUUCCCCGAGUAGAGCAAUUUCCACCUCAAACCAAGCUUCACUUCCCAGGGGUCAGAAUUUCUGCUGGAGUAAAAUUUGAUGCAUUUAACUGGUAUCACCAUGUCCACUGAUGGAAAAUAGCAUCCAUCAGGGAUGCCCAACAGGGCAGGAGUGAACAGCAAGGAUUCCUUGGAUAUUUUAACAGGGAAAGUGGCUUCAGACACAAAUGGAGGUGCUGGGGACUGGUGGGAUGUAACACAGUGAGUGCAGAUGCUGUCUCUGGCUGCAGAAGCAGAGCCCUUAAAAAAAAAAAAAAACAAACAUUUGGGUGUUGAAAAACAGUAGAUACAAAAAAGGGGUACGACUGACCUAAAAUGAGUUUGUAAAAUGGUUCAGAUGGUUUUUGCAUGUUCAGUUUGUUUUUUGAUGCAGAUGUUGUUCGGGUUCUGGCUUUGUGCUUCGAGCAUGGGCUGAGGAAGGGGGAGUUGGCACAUCUGGCACCACAAGGACCUUUCAGUGAACAAAGGGGUUUGUUGCUGUGGCCCUGUAGGCUUUUCCUUUUGAGCUGUGUUCCAGAAUGUUCAGGUGAAGGAUAGGAUGUGUGUGUCCCAAACGCACAGUGGCAGAUCCCACAUGUCCUGCAGGAUGGAGGGAAUUGAAUGUACCACACACAGGCAUUCUGGCUCAGUGGGCAAGGGAAGGGGUUCAGGAUUCUGCUAUUAACAAAAGUGUAAGGGGAAAUAAAGUAAAAGUCAUGAGAUCUUUUCCAGGCCACAGGAAGAAAAAACUAUUUCCAAUGUUGAACAGGUUUUUUGUAAAGAAAAAAUAUUUUCACUAUAGAACAGCUUUUGUACAGUUUAAAGAUAAAUUCUCCACUCCUCUCUAACUGGCAUUGUUAAAAUAAUAGCCUGAACUUCGCUGGAAAGCAGGAUUUCUGUGUUGCACCCAAAGUAUGCUCUUUGCUCUCCCGUUUUGCUGUCUUGCAUCUGGACUGUGGCUGUGGGUUCCCCUGGCUGUGUGUGUCCCUGGACAUGGAUUGCCCUGUGUCUGGGGCACUCGUGUCCCCUCCUGCUGCCCUGCACGGGCCUGCAGAGGCAGGGAUAGCUGCCCGUGUCCCCAGCAGUCCCUGCCAGCUCUCAGUGUUCGUGUCCCCUCGUUGUGCCUGCAGGAAUUGGCUUUGCUCUCUGGGCCCUGUGAUGUGCAUGCACUGUGGAACAGUUGAGAGGUGUCACUGCCUUGCCGUGCUGGGAAAGCAGCAACGGGGCUGUGUGUGUGAAGGGGGGAUUCCUGGGGUUUCUGUGGGUAUUUUGUAUUGUAAAUAACCUGUGGGGAGGGGGAUCCCUGCAGUGUUUGGGUGUAUAAAUACGUGUACAGACACACUGCAGGUUUCCACGUGGCACUAAGGUUUGUUGUCAGGUUCCUGUUGCAGCCUGGGCUGUUCAAUGCUGUGUUUGAAGCUGGGUUGUCAUUUUUAUAACUGUCUUGGUGUUUUCCUGCCAUUAUUUAUUACCUUUGAUAUCUGGAAUGAGCCGCAUGCGUUUAUUGAGCAAUAAGAGGAUGUAUUUAAUGUGCCUUGUUUUUAACUGAGUAAGGACUGAAAGCAUGAAUCAAUAAAAGUGGCUAAAAAACUUC